AUGGAACCGAAAAAGAUUAUCCCUGAAUCACCUUCAUUAGAAGUUCAACAGCACUUCACAACCUCUUAUCCUUGGACCAGCCCACUAUUCACCGACUCAUCCUUGCUCCCUAUCCAGUCCACCCACCAACAUUCUUGGCCUGGGAUGACCUCCCGCUUUAUGGCAGAUACCCUGCGCUCAACAGAUUCAAUUCGCCAUAUCCAAUCGUUCUUCAGGCAUAAGUCUACUACUCCGCCAGAGAAUGUGCACGAACUUGAUCCUUUAACGGGUGAAGUCUGGACCCUUUACUCCCUUGGUCGUGCCAUUGAAGGCCACGAGCAUAUCUCCCAUGGCGGAUUUGUUGCUACACUACUUGACCAGCAAACUGGGACAGCCGUGAUUCUUAAUCCUGGGUUUGAGAGCCCAAAAACCGCGGAAUUUACUGUCAAAUACCGUCAGCCGCUGAGAACUCCGUCAGCAGUUCUUUGCAGAGGCUGGGUUGAGAGGGUUGAUGGGAGGAAGAUCUGGGCAAAAGCUACCCUUCAAGGAGAAGAUUCGGAGCUGAUUGCCCAGGGAGAGGCGCUGCAUAUUCAGUCUUAUUCUGAGCCGAGGUUGUAG